UGCAGAGACUGCGACAGUCUGCGCACCCCUGUGCGAUCGCGCCCCCUCCCCCGCAAGUAUUCGCGACGGCACUGGCAAUGCUGCCUGACUGGUGCAGGUGGAUGGGCGUGGACGCGCACCAUUCGCAUUCGCUGCUCAUCCUGGGCAUUCCCGACGGCUGUGAGGACCAGGAAUUCCAGGAGGCCUUGCAGGCUGCCCUACGGCCCCUGGGCACACACCGAGUGCUGGGCAAGGUUUUCAGAAAGGAGCUCAGAUGCAGGGUCGCUUUGGUCGAGUUUGCUCACAAGUUUGCUCACUAUUUAAACCGAAGUUUGGCUUCCCGACAAAUACCAGGCAAGGGAGGGCCCUGGACUGUGGUCUUCCUGCCCCAGGCCCCAGAGUCAGAGUCACAGGAUAGACCCAGUUUCCCUGCACAGGCCCAGAGGCAAGCAGGGUUUGGCCAGGCAGGUGCGGCAGAAGCUGGGGGUGAAGCAGGAGCUGGGAGUGAGGCAAGAUCUGGGGGUGAGGCAGGAGCUGGGGUGAGGCAGGAGGAGGCCCCCAAGCGCUUCCCUGCCACUCAGGAAGAUGAAAAUGCUCCCACCUCUGCGGGCCCAGGUCAGGCAAGACCCUCAGAGGCGCCUGGGGGCCCCGGCCCUACCCAGAGGGGCAGCACUUCCAGGGAGGGCCCAGGAGGUCCUGGCUGUGAGCCAGAGGGCCUCGCUCAGGCAGGAGCCCAGGAGGCUGGGGAGCCCCUGGAGGAG